AUGGAGGACAGAGUAAGAUUCAAGAAACAACAAGAAAAUUUGUUGCUCAUGGAAAAAAAUCUUGAAGUGUUUCAACAGCUCAGGAAUUCGGUCAAUCGAUACCAUGAAAAUUAUAAGGUUUUCAAGCAAUCCUUCAUGGAAUGGAAAGACCACAUUGCGGAGGAGGAGGAAGAAAAUGCAGUCAAGGUGGAAGAGAUAGUGGCAGUGCAGACAGAAGCUAUCCCUAAAGAAAUUCCCCUUUCAUCUGUUCUUGAAAAUUCUUUCAAAAAUCCCAUGCUAUGUUCUCAACCUUCAGAUUUCCCACUCCGUAUUUUGCUUUCCUCUAUCAACACUCCGUAUGAUCUUAACCUCAUCAAGACGGAAUCUUUGAUCGAUGAUGGGGUCAAGAACUCGGACACCAUGAAUCCCAUCAACACUGUCUUCGUUGCUAGAAGGUUGAUUGGUUGUAGAAUUAGUGAUGCUUCUAUUCAGAGUGACAUUACUUUGUGGCCAUUCAAACACAGGGUGGUGGUCAUUUACAUGGGUGAAGCCCAUACUUCUGUUGACAAGCAUGUGGAAUUCCCCUUGGACUUGGAUUUGCAGCCAUACAAUACUGGAAGCCAAAACAACGGCGUGGAACUUAAGUAUAACCUGUAUGCAAUUAUUGUACAUAUUGGGUUCUCCUCUAUUUAUGGGCAUUACUUCUGCUUAAUUUGGUCCUCUUUAGAGACAUGGUAUUGCUUGGAUGACUCAAAGGUCACUAGUGUACAAGAAGAGUUUGUACCAUCUCAGGAGACCUAUAUUCUAUUUUAUGCAAGGCAGGGUACAUGUGACACCCCCAACCUCAGCUUGGGAUGGAAAUGA